CUCGAGAAUUUCUCCGUCUCUCUCUCUCCAAUGGCGUGGCUCAACACCAUCUUCAAUUCCUCUUCGACAUUGAUCAAUGGCGGCUCUUCUCUAUUUCCCUAAAAUCUCUUCACAAAUGACUUCCUCACAUUUCCUCUCUUUCUCACCAAUGGAUUUGAGGAGACUCUCUCGCGCAAGCUACUUAUUCACUCGCCGCUUGAAAUCCAUAGCGAAAGCUCGAAAAAGCUUUCAUACAACUCGAUACCUGCAACAGUGCCUUCAUCGGCCGGAUAAAUCGGAAGAGACUUCCUCUGAUCGGCAUUUACACGAACGGUUAUCAUCAGUUUUGUCGAAGAGAUCUCUAGAUUACGAGCAGUGUAAACAACUCAUAACUAUUUUAUCGCCUUACGAAUUCGAUAGGUUGUUUCCUGAGUUUCGAUCCAAAGUUAAUCCCAAGACGGCUUUGGAUUUUUUCCGAUUAGCUUCUGAUUCAUUUAGUUUCGCCUUUAGUCUCCGUUCUUAUUGUUUAUUGAUUGGUUUAUUGCUUGAUGCGAAUCUGUUGUCCCCUGCUAGGGUAGUUUUGAUUCGUUUGAUCAAUGGGAAUGUACCGGUUUUUCCUUGUGGUAAUGGUGGUUUGAGAGAUAGUCGAUUUGCGAUUGCGGAUGCAAUGGCGAGUUUGAGUUUGUGUUUUGAUGAAGAAAUCAGAAGGAAAAUGUCAGAUUUGUUGAUUGAAGUUUAUUGCACUCAGUUCAAGCGUGAUGGUUGUUAUUUAGCUCUUGAUGUAUUUCCUGUUCUUGCAAACAAGGAUAUGUUUCCUUCUAAGACGACUUGCAAUAUUUUGCUGACUUCUCUUGUGAGAGCUAAUGAGUUUCAGAAGUGUUGUGAAGCUUUUGAUGUUGUUUGCAAAGGGGUUUCUCCGGAUGUUUACUUGUUCACUACAGCGAUCAAUGCGUUUUGCAAGGGUAGGAAAGUUGAGGAGGCCAUUGAGUUGUUCUCAAAAAUGGAAGAAGCGGGUGUUGCACCAAACGUUGUUACCUACAAUACUGUUAUUGAUGGACUUGGGAUGUGUGGAAGGUAUGAUGAGGCAUUUAAGUUUAAAGAAAAGAUGGUAGAAAGAGGCGUGGAACCAACUCUUAUCACUUAUAGUAUUCUUGUCAAGGGUUUGACUAAGGCUAAGAGGAUUGGUGAUGCUUAUUGUGUCUUGAAGGAAAUGACAGGGAAAGGGUUUCCUCCUAAUGUUAUUGUAUAUAAUAAUUUGAUUGAUAGUUUAAUCGAGGCUGGAAGUUUGAACAAAGCUGUUGAGAUAAAGGAUCUCAUGGUUUCAAAGGGGUUGUCUCUCACAUCGUCGACGUAUAAUACUCUCAUAAAGGGAUACUGCAAGAGUGGUCAAGCAGAUAUUGCGGAGCGUCUCCUGAAGGAAAUGCUGUCGAUUGGUUUUAAUGUAAAUCAGGGCUCCUUUACAUCUGUGAUUUGCUUGUUGUGCAGUCAUCAUAUUUUUGACUCAGCACUUCGUUUUGUUGGAGAGAUGCUACUACGCAACAUGAGUCCUGGUGGUGGAUUACUUACUACAUUGAUUUCUGGUCUCUGUAAGCAUGGAAAACACUCAAAGGCAGUAGAACUUUGGUUUAAAUUUCUAAAUAAAGGUUUCCUAGUAGACACGAAGACUUCAAAUGCUUUGCUUCAUGGACUCUGUGAAGCAGGGAAGCUGGAAGAAGCUUUUAGGAUUCAAAAGGAGAUAUUAGGGCGUGGCUUUGUUAUGGAUAGAGUUUCCUAUAACACGUUGAUUUCUGGAUGUUGCGGAAAUAAGAAAUUAGAUGAAGCUUUUAUGUUCAUGGAUGAAAUGGUUAAGAGAGGACUUAAGCCUGACAAUUAUACUUAUAGCAUAUUGAUUCGCGGGCUGUUUAAUAUGAAUAAAGUUGAGGAGGCCAUACAGUUCUGGGGUGAUUGUAAACGGAAUGGCAUGUUUCCAGAUGUUUAUACAUAUUCGGUGAUGAUAGAUGGAUCUUGUAAAGCUGAAAGAACAGAAGAGGGUCAGAAACUGUUUGAUGAGAUGAUGAGCAAUAACGUGCAGCCAAAUACUGUUGUUUACAAUCAUCUAAUUGGAGCGUACUGUAGAAGCGGAAGGCUAUCGAUGGCCUUGGAACUUCGUGAAGAUAUGAGACACAAAGGAAUUUCACCUAAUUCUGCUACAUAUACUUCACUAAUAAAGGGGAUGUCGAUCAUUAGCCGUGUUGAGGAGGCAAAACUCCUCCUCGAGGAGAUGAGGAUGGAGGGUUUGGAACCGAAUGUCUUUCACUAUACAGCACUUAUUGAUGGAUACGGUAAAUUGGGUCAAAUGGUCAAAGUUGAAUGUCUUCUGCGUGAGAUGCAUUCAAAGAACGUACACCCAAACAAGAUUACCUACACUGUGAUGAUUGGUGGGUAUGCUAGAGAUGGGAAUGUAACAGAAGCUUCUAGGCUUCUAAAUGAGAUGAGGGAAAAAGGAAUUGUUCCAGAUAGUAUCACAUACAAAGAAUUUAUAUAUGGAUAUCUUAAGCAGGGAGGUGUUUUGCAAGCUUUGAAAGGCUCUGAUGAAGAAAAUUAUGCAGCAAUCGUUGAAGGAUGGAACAAACUCAUUCAGUAACUGAUGAAUAAGUAGAAGAAAAGGUUUCUAUUCUGGUUCUCAAUUUUCCUAUUAGUUUCUCUGACUGCUUCAGUUUAUUAAGUUAUAUUGUUCUGAUUUGUAUAGUUGUGCAUCCUGUUGUUGCAGUUGGAAAAUCGAGAUCCAGUGGCGUUCUCAGUUUUGAUGGUCUUAUUCACGCCCGGGAUCUGCAUCUUCUUCUUAGAGGAACACGUUAGGAUGGAGUUACGUGGUAAAUGCAUAUGGUCCAUUGCAUCUUACAAGUAGGUUAGUGUGUUCUACUUGAUUCUCCAGCCACAUUCAGUUAACAGCUUUGGCCUGCUUCAAUCUGAAGGAGAAAAGUUGUUGCUUUUAGCAUCAUAGGCUAUAUGGCUAUUAUGGGUUUAUGAUUUACAAAUCCACAUUACUGGUGCUCGUCAGCUUUAUGAUUGAGUGCCACAAGAUCAAAGCCAUAUGAUAGAUUCUGGAUCAGAGAAGGCACUUCAGACAGCAGUCCUGAAAAGAUUAUACAGGUACAAUAAUGUUCACACACCUUUGUGCCUUUAGUAAAUUGCCACUUACAAU